AUGACCUUCCACCAUCCCACAUUCAUUGUCCCAUUUACAUACCGCCACAAAGAUGAAGCAAAACACUUUCACAGCGAUCAAUACAAACACUCUCACAGCGCCCCAUCCAACUCCCACAAUGUCCCCACGUCCCCCUAUAAAUACCUCUCCCACUCCGUCUCCCAACUUCUCCUCACCCAACCCGCCCCAUCACACCAGGCGCGCCAUCAUCUGCGCGCCCUUGCACUCGUUCUGACGAGGUGCAGCCUACCCAUCGCGGCCCCGCCCGCAAGACGCGAAGAAUUACGUACUGGCAACUGGCCUGUUCCUCGCCUCUUAGUAUGGGUGGGAUUUCACAGAAUGCAUUUGGCGGCUGCCUUACUGUUGAAAACCAUGACUAGGAACGUACAUAUCGAAUGA